AUGGACUUUUAUAAUCAUUCAAGCAGUAAAACUCAAAUUCUGACUACUCAUGGGGAUUUGGAUGUUGCAGCCACUGGAGACCAAGGAUAUGAAGUGGUGUCAUAUGGUCAUGGUCUCACUAACCACACAGAGGAGGGCAGCACUGGAUUCCCGUUCAGCGUGGCCUUUGGCACAGACCAGGCCAGUGUCGCUAUGCCUGUAAACCCAGGACGAGCUCUGAUGGUGUUCUUCAGCCUGAGGGUGACCAACAUGAUCUUCUCAGAGGAUCUCUUUAACAAGAGUUCAGCAGAGUACAAAGCUUUGGAGCAGCGUUUCCUAGAGCUGCUUGUGCCCUACCUUCAGUCCAACCUCAGUCAUUUUGAGAACCUGGAGAUCCUGAACUUCAGAAAUGGGAGCAUUGUGGUCAACAGCCGGAUGAAAUUUGGGAAGCCUGUGGCUCGUGGUGUCACCACCACUGUUUAUUUGAUCCUGGAGGACUUCUGUAACACAGCCUACCAGACCAUGAAUCUGGCCAUUGAUAAAUACUCGCUGGACGUUGAAUCAGGUGACCAGGCCGACCCCUGUAAGUUCCAGGCUUGCAACGAGUACGCAGAGUGUAAAGUCAACAAGUGGUCAGGGGAAGCGGAGUGUGUCUGUAACGCAGGUUACUUCAGCGUGGAUGGCCUACCAUGUCAGAGUAUCUGUGAGCUGCGUACGGACUUUUGCCUCAAUGACGGCAAGUGUGACGUCAUCCCCGGUCAGGGAGCCAUAUGCAGGUGUCGAGUUGGAGAGAACUGGUGGUACAGAGGUGAACACUGUGAGGAGUACGUAUCAGAGCCACUGGUGGUUGGCAUAGCGAUCGCUUCUGUGGCUGGCUUCCUGUUGGUGGCUUCUGGAGUGCUCUUCUUCCUGGCCAGGACAUUACGGGACCAGUAUGACAAGGAUGAAUCAGAGGAUCCCAUACGGCGGGCAGAGAGCCUCCCAUCUUUGGAGAGAGCGACCAAGUACAACCCAAUGUAUGAGAGUGAAGCAACGACGGGCUACAGCCAUUACUACCGACGUUACCCUGAAGCUCCCGUGUACAGCAGUGCCAGCGCAGAGGCCUCCACUGACUUCAGUAGUGAGGAGAUACGACACAUCUAUGAAAACAGCGAACUCACUAAGGAGGAAAUCCAAGACAGGAUACGCAUCAUUGAACUCUACGCUAAAGACCGGCAGUUUGCAGACUUUGUGCGGCAGCAUCAAGCUGUCCUGGAUACCCGCAGAGAGAGCUCCUCCACGUACACAUGAAACUCUCCAGUGGACAAACAGAAACAAACCUCUGAUUUAAAAAGUAAAGCUACUUGUCAAGACGUUGAUCUUCGCCAUGUUCCUCCAAGCCUGGAUAGUACUGUUUGAAACGUAUCAUCCUCCAGCACUAUCUCAACAUUAAGGCUGCGUCUGUCCCCGUCUGUGCAGGCAGAGGUGUUGACAGCUCCUCCAUGUUCCUCUGUGCCUUUUCUUAACUGGGUGAGCUCACUGUGAUAUUAAGGCUUACAGUAUGUCUGCUCAUGUGUUUGCUGCUUACCUGCUGGACUUCUUCCUGUAAAGGAAAACUGGACCACAUCCUAUUACUUGAAAUGUUGACACUGAAAUAUACCAAGUUGUAGUUUUUGUUUAGUGUCAUAUUUGUUUCUUUUCAUCAUGUUUUAAUUGUAAAAAUGUGUAUAGUUAAACUGACAUGUUACUAGUUUUUGUCUCUGUGCUCAGACUGGCUUUUUAGAUCUUCUCAGAGAGGCAAUGAGAUUUUUGUUUUAGUCAUUGGUGCUAUUAUAAUUUAAAAUAUUCUUUGAAAGGUUCUUGUCUUUAAUUAAUCAUAAACAAUUUGACUGUAACAUUUUGGGAAAUACACAAAGAGGCCAAAUCACUGUUUACACAUGGACGCUGGCUUUUUGUAUGCAGGUGGUGGACACGCACAUGUUAUAGAUGGGUCGGCUCCUUGCACUGAACACAGAAAGGCACACAGGGCUCCUUUUAAAUGACUCUUUCCAUCUAGCAGCCACUAUAUUCACUAUGGAAUAUUACAGCUUCAGGUUGUUGCCUUCCUGUCCCGAUCAAUAAAUUGGGCAGCAUUAUGGGCAAAACUUACCACAUUUGCAUAUUUUAUAUUAGUUCUAAAGUUGUGGAUAACAGUUAUAUAUAAUCUUUUGAUAACAAGCAUCCACUUGUGUUCUGGUUCAUGCACAGUGACAUGCUUGCAGAUUAAAGUCUGCAUGGUCCCACCUAUUAAAAUGUACUUGAUGUGGAUUGUUGAAUAUAAAUAUCAGUUUUCUUUGACUGAGCAUCUACUUUUGUAAAAUGUUAAGCUAGCAGCCAUUAGUUUAAUUUGAGCUAACAGCCGCAAUGCAAACUAAAUCAGCCAAAUAGGCAUUUCUGCACUUGGAGUUUUGUGGCUGAAUGUGUUAUUGCUCUUUAAUAAUAAUUAGUUUUGAAUAUAAGAGGGAAGUAAUGUUGAAAAGUUACUGUGACCAGCCAGUCCUUCACCAGAUGGACAGCUUGGACUGGAGAAGGCUCGUUCAGACAGAGAAUGGAUGGAUAUUUUUCUGAGGAAAUAAAACCAGACAUCACAUAUCUACAGCAGAGGUUCAGCACACAUUUGAAAGAGUAGAAGUUCAACUGCUGUCUUUGGACAUUACUUAAUAAAUGUUCCAGAUGAAAAACCUUAAGUUAUAGCUGAAAUAAAGCACUGAAGGUUGUGGUGAUGAUGACCAUUCCUGCAAAAAUUCUCUCUGUGUGGAUUUGCCAUUAGAGGUGCUGUACUUUUGCAGUCAUCACCAGACAGAGCUAUGCUAUCAAUCUCCAAGCUUUGAGCUAAGCUAAAUAGCUGCUGACUGUAGCUUUGCAUUUAAUGUACAGAUAUCUCUCUUCCCAUUUAGGUCUAAACCUAAAACUAUUCAUUUAAGACUGCUGAGUGUAAUACUUCUCUGUGUACAGUACCAUUCAUUAAUAUCAAAAUGUUAUUUGACAGUCUUAAUGUUUAGCAGAAGGUUUCUUUUGUCAUUUUUCUUAUGGCAGGUGAUUUUUCUGUCCUUUUAACAGCUGCAUCAGUGAAAAGCUUUUGUGUCUGUAUGAAAAGUUAGGCAAGAGAGAAAAGAAACAGCGCUGAGGGAAGUGAGGUUGAGAGCUUGAGCCCUCUAUACAGAAAUAACUGAAAACACGUUUCAGUGGAAAAAUGCUCUGAGGCAUGCAGCCCAGGGAUUUGUUCAAACAAUGUGCUUUCAGAUGUCACAUGUAAUGCAAUGUAGAGAACAAGAAAAAAAAAAGAAAAGCAAGCUGAUAAACAACCCACACGGCCUGGAAAAGACCACCUGUAGCUGAAAAAAACCCUGAAAAACUAGCAAUUCUUAGAAAAGGAUCUGUCCCUUGACUACCUAUUUGGCUUCUUUAUCUGGAACCAUGUGACGGACUAAUUCCAGUGUUUUCUUUGGUAUUCCUACACGUUCCUCUCUGAAUUUUUUUAACUUGACUUAUCCAUUGAGUGGACCCUCACAGCUGCAGCUGAUUAUCAUCUGUUUCAUUUGUUGUCAGCCAGUGUGACCGUCAUUUAUGUUAGGAGGUCACAGUCUCACACAUAGAUCACAUCUUAGCUUCUUGUUUACAUUUCAUGCUUAAUGUACUUUUCUUCUUGUAGGUAUUUACAGGUGUAAAAA